AUGGCCGUUUCGACUUCUACAUUGCGAAUACCGGUUUCGCAAACUACAGGUCUGCUCGUCUUAGUUUCCCAGUCCAAGAAACUCCCUCCUCCUCCUCCUCCUGCUGCUGCUGCUGCUGCUGCUAUUGCUGAACGACCUUGUGUUGGCAGAAGCCUCAACGAUACCGAGCUCCUCCAUUAUGACCGUCAGGUCAAUGUCAUGAGGCGUGGGGCAUUCAUUGGCAUCAAAUACGGCAGUCAAGCCAUGAUGGUCACAUCAGCCGACAAACCACAGCCUGCGGGAGCGUUUGUUGUCACUCGGUCGUGUGCUAGCUUUCUUGGAUCAUACUCCGAUCUGCCUUACGCGGUCGCCAAAACGGCACUCCAUGGCCUGAUCAGCGGCGCGUCCGUCCAUCUCUUGUCCAGCAACAUCGGGGUCAACGGCGUCGCCCCUGGUUUCACCAAAAGCGGCAUCUUGUCCAACUCUCAGAAAGCCGAGCAGGGCGAAUAUAAGGCCACCGAGUAUUACUACAACCGACUGCAAGACCCCGCGGAAGUCGCCAAUGUCCAAGUGUUUUUGACCUCAAACAUCUCCUCGUGUAUCUAUGGUCAGAUGGUUCUAUGCGACAGCGGCAAAACUGCAGCUGCCACAGGCGAAGCAUGUACGGGCUCAAUCCCGCCAGUCAAACCUCUUGAUCUGUGUUAA